ACUGCAUUACUUUACUGCCUAUUGCCUAAGUAUUCUAUUAACAAUUAAGUAACCCUAAGCUUUUGAAUACUCACUCGUCACUCCCAGUCCCAGAGUCUCAGCCGUCUUCUCCCUCCCAGGCUCCCAAUUCCCUCUCGCUCUCUGAUCUCCAUCUCUGCUUCAACUUAUCUCCCUCUCGCUCUCAGUUUUCUGUGAUUCUUUCUCGCACUCUCGCUCUCUCUGUCUCUCAUACUCACAGUCACAGACCGCACCUUCAAAGGAGGUAAUCUGUCCCACUCCCGUCUCCCAAUACAGUACUCCAACCGUUGAUCUCCAAUUCCGGCAGGCCACAGGCGGCAACCUGUUCCAAACCGGAAAACCCUAACCGGCGCCACACAGCCGCAACACCAACACCCCAGCCCAUGCCCUUCUCAUUCUCACUUCUCUUCAUAUCUUAGGAUAUAUUACAAACAUAGUGGGAAGGGAGCCAUGGGCCCAUGGCAUGUGUUAGCCCCUGAAAAGUUCCAAUUCUGAUUUGCAGGCUUUUGGGCAAUAUAGACCUAUAGGGGGCACAAAGAGGCAUCAAGAGACAUUUCCCAGUUUUAUAGAAUUUUCAAAAGAGCCGAAUUGCAGAAUUUUCAAGUCUUCAUCGAUUGCUGGUAAAUACUCUUUCAUCUCCACUCAAAUUCCAGUUAUGAAUGCUCAAUUUCACGCAAUUUCUCAAUUUUGUCGAUAUCCCAAAUCCAUUUAUUGCCGAUGUAACACCCCUAUUAAUUCCUUUACAUCUCUUUGUAAUUUUGUUAAUUUGUUUUGUACUUCAUAUUCAACUCAAAUCAAUGAAACCCUAGGAAAAAAUUUGAUCCCAAUUUCAAAAAUUUCUGAGCUCAUAUCUAAGCAGCAUUGGAGGGAACUGAAAACAAUUUCGAACGAAACGAACCCUAACACGAUUCUGCAACAAUUAUUUGAUUUUGAGUCGGACCCACUUUUGAUUGUUCAGUAUUUUAAAUGGUUAGAGAGAGAUUGUGGGGUUUCACAUGAUAUUGAGGUGUAUUUUAAGGUUUUUUAUAGGCUAGCUAAUGAUAAAUUAUAUGGGGAAAUUAGGAAAUUGUUGAAUGGGGUUGUGAAUAAUGGGAAGUAUUCGAAUUUCGAAGUUUUCCACUGUCUUUCGAGAUUUGGUGACUCAUUUGGGGUGAAUUCUAUGAUUGUUGAUAUGUUGGUUCAGACUUAUGUGAAGAAUUUGAAGGUAGGUUUGGCAGUUGAGGCGGUAAGGCGAGCUUGGCAAUAUGGGUUUAAGUUAUCAUCUUUGUCGUGUAAUCCGUUGUUGAACGCUUUGGUUGAUGAAGGGAAGAUAAAAGUUAUGGAACAUGUAUUUAGGGAGAUGAUUAGGAGAAGAGUUCAGCCUGAUCUCAUUACAUUUAACACUGUUAUUAAUGGGUUUUGCAAAGUAGGACAGUUGCAAAGUGCAGGAGAUGUUUUAGAGGAUAUAAAAUUAUGGGGUUUAUCUCCGUCUGUUGUUACGUAUAAUACUCUUAUUGACGGGUAUUGCAAGAGGGAGAGGGUUGGAAAGAUGUAUAAAGCGGAUGCUCUUUUGAAAGAAAUGGUAUCAAUGAACAUAAGUCCGAAUGAGAUCACUUACAAUACUCUCAUUGACGGGUUUUGUAAGGAUCAGAACUUAGCGGCUGCAAUGAAGGUUUAUAAAGAAAUGCAGAACCAAGGACUGAAACCGAGUAACUUUACUUAUAAUUCGUUAAUUAGGGGGCUUUGUAGUGAAGGGAAAACUGAUGAAGCUUUAGAAAUGAGAAAUUCAAUGUCUCUUCUAGGUUUGAAGCCAGAUAUUACGACAUAUAAUGUUCUUAUAAAUGGCUAUGCUAAAAAAGGCAUGGUUAAGGAAGCUAAGGAGCUGCUAGAAGAUGUUGCUGGGAAUGCUUUGACUCCUAAUGUUGUAACUUUUAAUACUUUGAUUGAUGCUUAUUGCAAGGUUGGGAUGAUGAAUGAUGCUGUUUCUUUGCAUAAGUUAAUGUUGGAGAGAAACAUUUCUCCUGAUGUUUCAACUUAUAAUUGCUUGAUUGGUGGCUUUUAUAGAAAUAAUGAUUUCGAAACGGGUGGUGCUAUGAUAGGAAAAAUGAAAGAUGCUGGGAUUCAACCCGAUGUUGUGACGUAUAACAUAAGAUUAGGUGCUUAUUGCCGGAUAGGCAAGACAAAAAAGGCUAACAGGCUAUUAGAUGAAAUGUUGGAGAUUGGUUUGACUCCAACUCAUGUGACCUAUAAUACCUUAAUUGAUGGCUACUGUACUAAAGGAAAUCUCAGGGAAGCCAUGAAUAUGAGAAUGAGAAUGGAAAAAAAUGGUCGACGAGCUAAUGUUGUGACAUACAAUGUGCUAAUAAAAGGUCUUUGUAAGAAAGGCAAGUUGCAAGAAGCAAAUAGGCUUCUUAAUGAGAUGCUCAAGAAAGGUUUAGUCCCUAAUCGGAUCACAUAUGAAAUAAUCAAGGAGGAAAUGAUGGAGAAAGGAUUUACUCCUGAUAUUGAUGGACAUCUAUAUAACCAAUCUUCUGUGCGUUAAUUUGGCUGGCAGAUUAUUGUCCAAAUGCUAUUAUCAUCACUGUUUUAUUGGAAGUUGAUGGUAUAAGAUGCUACUAAACAGAGAUUCUAAGUUUCAUUAUUCUUCAUUCUUUAGUACAGGGGGGUUAAUGGUUAUCAUGUCGAGUUAGCAAUGAGUCAAGCGGUUGUGAAUUCUCUGAACCAAGCAGUUUUGUUGGGAUCAUAUGCCAAGGAUGCUGCAAAACAAGAAGGAAAGAAAGCUGCAAAAUUGGCAUCCGAAGUCGUAAGGCUAGUCGGAUCACUGAGCCAAUCGUAUCUUUCCGAUAGGACUUCUUUGAGGCUAUUUUUUUGGAGGUUUAGUGACUGAAGGCUUUCUUAGGGAAAGCGGGACCUUGUUUGGCACAUACACAGCCAGAUACAUUGGAGAACAAAGGCCUCGGUUAGUUCGGCUACCUCACCGGAACCCAUGUGGGAAGUCGGUUUGGUGAAAGAAUAGGUUUAAUGGUUUACUAUAUAGCAUACAAGGAUUGCAAGUUCUGGGAUUGUACUUCUUCUGGUUUCUAAUACUUCCAUUGAAUCAAAAGAAAAUGAAAUGGAUGUUUGUUACUGUGUCUAUGUGAACAUUAAAGUUUAAUCAUUAUUUUCCUAUAAUAAUUUUACAAUGAAUGUUGUAUUAGAACCAAGUUGUUGUGGCUAUUGGCCAAUUGUCUAAUCAUUAGUCUCUUUUUCAUUUGUCGCAUCCAUUUACUUUGAAAUUAUAAGCGAAUAUAAGUGAUCACAUUAAGACGGUAAAUAUAUAUUUGGUCAGCUCAAUAGAGAUGAUCUAAUGGUGAAAUCGUCUUAAUUGAAAAGUUGUGUUAAAUUUUUUAGAACCCAAAAUUAGUCCCAGUUUCUGAUUGUGUUUUCUAGUUUGGGUUGAAGAUUAUUCUCAUUGAUUCCUAUAUGGGCUGAAUUCUGGAUCUGCCCCAUCGACACCCAUUACAAGAUAGGAAUAAUUUGAGAAUUGUGGAAUAACCUAGUGGUUAAGGGCUAAGAGUUCGUUUUCACCGUCUACAUGAAAGAUUAAUAAUAGUUUUUUAUCUGUAGAAAUUCUCUAGUUUAUCCGAAAUAAAAAUAGUUAAUGAACAAAUUACUAGUUUUCUUCUUACCCUUAAUUUUGAUAUUUGCAUAUUGUUAUGACUUUUGUAAAAAAAGAAAAACAAGAGUUAUUUUCGUGAGCGACUGUCUCUCAAAGAGUUUAACUCAAAUAAAGACAUAUAUUCUUAUAAUAUUUAUUAGAUGGGGUAUUUAACUUUUAUAUAAGAUGAGUCUCUCGUAGAAACCGUCUCAUACAACAAUUUGCA